AUGUCUUCAUACCCUGGUGGUGAUAUACGAGAAUAUAAACCUUACGAAGACCCAGCAUUACUUGAACAACAACGUCUAGCACAACAAUUAGGACCAUGUCCAAAGGGUGGCACGCAUGAACUAAGGUCUCAUUAUACGUGGGGAAGUUUAUUUUGGGCUUUUUGUUUAGGUUUACCAAGAUUAUUUGGUUAUUCAAGAAAGAAAACUGUCUGUAAAAAAUGCAAUACUACUUUUAAAAAUGUGUAUUUUCCCGAAGCUGGUAGUAUGG